AUGCUUCUAUCACGCUUUCCCCGACCGGCAUCCUCGCUGGUUCGACCCUUCACCUCCUCUGCCGCUGUCUGCCGCACACCCUCCAUUCGUGACAUCACGCCCGACUCGGCGACCGAGUUUAAUGCACGUCAGAAGGAGUUUCGUGAGAAUUUGGAGGUGGCUCGUAAGAAGAGAGAACAGCAAGAGAGUCAGUUCGUUGAUACUUCUGCUUCUGGUUCUGCCUCAUCCCCUAUUUCCCGUGAUCGCUUCCGUGAGUACGCCACCGCUCCUGUUGCUCCACACGUGAGCAGUGCGAGCAAUAAUGGCAGUCGUGUACUAGAUGCCGCCGAAGUUCUUGACGGUAAGGCAUUGGGCUCACUAUCUACCCAUCGUGGUUUAGGAGACGAACAUUUGUUGGAAACCGCGCAGUCUCCCAAGCGGGGGCCUUUGUCCUCACUGAUAUACGGAACGAAGGAAGGUCAACAACUCGAUAAGGAUAUUGAACGCUCCUUCUCCCAAGUCCUCGCUCGCGGCAAAUAUGUUCACUCGAUUGUUUUUCAUGAAGUCAAGCCCGACAAGGUAGACGAAUAUGUCGAUCUCGUGGGCCAGUGGUAUCCACGCAUGGCCUCCACAGAAGAGAACAGGGUGAAUUUGGUAGGAAGCUGGCGCACACAAGUGGGUGAUAACGACACUUUUGUGCACAUUUGGGAAUACCAGCGAUAUGAAGGCUACCAUGCCUCCCUCCAUAACAUUUCUCGGCACCCAGAGUUCCCCGAGAAUUCUCCUUUUGGCCAACUACACCACCACGACGUCUGGGAGGACUUUUUUGAACUCCGUUCCUACACUCUUCACCCUGGAAACCUACUGGAGUGGGAAACUCACUGGCGACGUGGUCUCAAAGCUCGCCGUGAAGUUAUGGAGGGAGUUGGCGCAUGGUUUGUGCAGAUCGGCGACUUAAAUACUGUGCAUCAUUUAUGGCAAUUUGCAAACCUGGAGGAGCGCAAAAUACGCCGGGAACAGUCGUGGGGUAUCGAAGGUUGGGCGGAAACAGUGCACAAGACCGUUCCUCUCAUCCAGACGAUGCAAAGCAGGAUCCUGAUCCCCAUGCCCUGGAGUCCCGUUGGAUAA